AAGAAUUUUAUCAAAUGUUUUACAUAUAUCAAAAGUAGGAGCUUAUCGAAAUUAUUUUACAAUCAUAUUAUCUUUAAAGGAAAAAGAUAUGUCCACAAAUUCAUCUGUUGCAGGAGAUAUUACUUUGGAUACAAAAAUUUGGAAGUUAAACUUUGGAACUCGAAAUCGGAUUAAUGACUUAUUAAAUGAAAGUGACAAUUGGAAGUCUCUAGCAGAAGUUAUAACUGAUCCUGAUAAUCCAGAUAAGCUUUUGUUUCGUGCUCAAGAUAUAAAUAAUUUAGAAUUGCAGUGGCGAAGGGGAAGCAGUCCAGCAGGAGCUUUAAUUGAACAUUGGAGUCAACGUGGUGUUGAUCAGCCUAAACUCAGAGAUUUGCUAGAUUUUUUCCAGAAAGCCAAUCUUUUCCAUGUGGCUCGUUUGAUCAAAAAAGAAGUAUUAUUUGAAAAUAAUUUGGAAGAUGAAGUUGUUGAAGAAACUGUUGUUGAUCUUUCCGUUGGAAAAGUGGAAGCUGAAAAGUCAAGUACUGAUCCAUUGGAAGGCGGAAGUAUAAAGGGAACAAUUGAUGGUUUUGAUCUAAAGGACAUAACAGAAUGCAACUACAGUGAAUUGUCCCGUGCUACACAGAACUUUUUAGAUAAGGAUAUCAGAGAAGGGGGCUGUAAAAUUGGUGAAGGUUCUUUUGGUCAGGUUUUUAGAGCUUGCUUGUUUGGAAAGUUGCUUGCUGUGAAGAGAUUACAGAGCUCUAUGCCUAAUCAAUUUUUUACAGAGUUGAAAAUCUUACAAAAGUACAAACAUGAAAAUUUGUUACCCUUGUUAGGAAUAUCUGUUGAUGGACCAUACUGCUGUUUGAUUUAUGAAUACAUAGACAAUGGAUCUUUACAAGAAAGACUAGCUUGCAUAGACAACUCCCCUCCCAUCUUGUGUGACACACGAAUGUCUAUUGCUUAUGGAUCAGCAUUGGGAAUAAAUCAUUUGCAUACCUUUCAAAAACCACCUAUGGUUCAUAGAGAUAUCAAGAGUGCCAAUAUCCUCUUGGAUAAAAAUUUUAUUCCUAAAAUUGGUGAUUUUGGCUUAGUGAGAACUGGAGACAGUACAGCCUCUUCAACAAUGCCUGUCACUGAACAUGUAUGUGGCACUACUAUUUACAUGGCUCACGAAGCAUUUUAUGGAGAUGUCUCUGUCAAGCUGGACACCUUUAGCUUUGGUGUUGUCUUGCUGGAAUUGCUAACUGGACUUCCUCCGUAUGACAAAUCUAGAGAAGAUCAAGAUUUGAUAUCUUUCAUGGAAAACUAUGAAGACAUUCUUGAAGUCUUAGACCCUAAAAUACUUUGGGACACAUCAUCUGCUAAGAAAUUAUAUGAAAUUUCACAGCGUUGUUUAUUGAAAUCAAAAAAGAAGAGGCCAGAAAUAUCUGAGAUUUUAGAAGAUUUAAAGCAAUGUUAUGUGGUUCAUCAUGAAAAGAAAGCAUCAUGAAUCAUUUUCUGUAAAAAAAAUCAUACUUCAUUUUUUUUCAUAAAUGUUUUAUAUAUUUAAAAAAAUGUUGCUGCUGAUUUAGAGUCAUUUAUCUUAUUGCUAUAGCUAUUAUA